CUCUAAUGUAAUAGAAGAAGACGCAGUGUUGCCGCAGAAGAAGAAAUAGGUACUGUCAUGUAAUGUUAACAUGACCAAGGUUAUUAAGUUAAUACCGGAACAAGACACGAACGUCUUAUGAAGAACACAGCCAUACAAUUUUGGUAGCGAUGAGCGUCCACUGCGUCCUGACGUCCGCUGGCCGGAGCUUCUCUUUAUCGUGUCCUACCGCUGGACUACUACGCUACCUCCAACCUGUUCAAAGCUCCAUGACAAGAAGAAACAUGUCCUCCAAAAGACAAAUGGACCAUUUAGAGAGGACGGCACACAACCAAAGACAAAGUGCUCUGUAUCCUGCUCAAGUGUGUGGCAUCAUCAACGAGUCCGAGACGGUAAAACGUCUCAGGAUAGCCGUCCAUCCGGACUUCAACUUCAAGGCGGGACAGUGGGUGGAUUUGUUCAUCCCCGGAGUGGAGAAGGUGGGAGGUUUCUCCAUGUGCUCCAGCCCAGGUCUGCUGCAGAGGGAGGGGGUGGUGGAGUUGGCGGUCAAACACUCCAAACACCCGCCAGCACAGUGGGUUCACACCGCGUGUACUCUUGGCUCUCAGGUGACAAUGCGCGUCGGUGGUGACUUCUACUUUGACCCCUCACCUUCAGACCCCGCCGUGAAUCUUCUGCUGGUCGCCGGCGGCGUGGGCAUCAACCCACUAUACUCCAUUUUGGCGCAUGCGGCGGAUUUGCUGGAACUCAGCCGCGCCCCCGGCGGGCGGGUAUACAACAUUGGCUCAGCACACCUUUGCUACAGCGCCAAGACAACGCAGGAGCUUCUCUUCAAGAAUUCCAUCCUGCAGGUGUGCAGGGAGUUUCCUGAUAAGUUGUCAUGUGACUUCCACGUGACCCAGCAGAGCACCGAUGUUGAGCUACAUCUCCAGUCUCUUGUCAACCGGCGGCGAAUCACCGAGGAGGAGCUGCGAUCUCAUGUGGACCCACAGAGGACUUUAUGUUACCUAUGUGGACCUCCACCCAUGAUUGAGGCAAUUUCCAAAACCCUUACGGACCUGGGAUUGCCACAGGACAGAAUUGUCUUUGAGAAGUGGUGGUAGCUGCUACUACAACUCCCACAACCCCACACAGUCGUUCACCAGGAUCUUGCUCCCUUUUUUUGCCUUUUUUUUUUUUUUUUAACAAGGAUGAGGCGUUUGUGUGAGAGGAAAAACACUUGAAAAUUCCAUGUGUGUGGACUCGGCGCAUGAUCCACAGGAGAUGACAGAACAUUGAAUUCAUUUGAACUUGAAAGACGACAUUGUUUAGUCACUGCGCACAACAUAUCUGAUAUUUAUCAAUUUAGAAGAACGUAUGCAUGAGUACUCCUAUGCAGACACUUCUUAAAGCCCUGGAAGUUACCAUUUCCAUCUUAACGCCUUUCUCCAAAUCUACACUAAGACUGUAGUUAUUUUUUCAUUUGAGUGACUCAUUUCUCUUCUAGCAAAUUAUCUGCUCAUUACAAAUGUUGAAUUGCUUUACAGUGCUUUAUCUACAUUUAACUCCCUGAAUUAGUGCAGUACAAAUUGGCUAAUUUUCUGUGUUUUGACUCCUAAGCAGUAUCACAUGGCUGAAUGGAAAAAGCAACAGCGUACUGUAAUGGAGCCUCCAGGUGGCCUCUGAUUGGUCGGCAUCCUUAAAAAACAUCCCGUGGAGACGGUCGCGAGCUUCUUGUGGGCGUCUCUCAGCGGGGGUGCCAUUGUCGAUUCAUUUGAGUUGUUUCCAUGAGGGGAAAUGUUCUACGCUGUGAUGAUCGCAGGAAAUAAAUGAGAUUGAAGAA